AUGACCUCCUCGUCGGUCGACGCUGGCUCUACAAACGGCACCGCUACAGCCCCAUCAGUAUCACACCAAAAAGCCAAUGCCUGGCAGCAACCGGGCCCGGCAGCCUAUGACUUCCGCAGCGACGUGAUGACCACGCCCACAGCAUCAAUGCUCGAAGCCAUCGUCAACACGACACUCCUCGACGACGUCUUUCGCGAAGAUCCCACGACCAACGAUCUCGAAGCAUCCAUCGCCUCCCUCUCUGGCCACGAUGCCGGCCUACUCGUCAUGUCCGGCACGAUGGGCAACCAGGUCUCACUCCGAACUCAUUUGAUACAACCACCACACUCUGUCCUCUGCGACUAUCGCUCGCAUGUCAUCCAAUAUGAAGCCGGAGGCGCCUCCUCACUUUCCAACGCCAUGCUGAUCCCUGUCCGCCCAUCGAACGGCCACCACCUGACUCUCGAGGACGUGAAGAAGCACGUCAUCGUCUCCGACGACGUGCACGCGUGCCCGACCCGCGUCAUCUCGCUUGAAAAUACGCUCGACGGCAUGAUUAUGCCACUGGACGAAGUGCGCCAAAUCUCCGCCUUUGCCCGCCUGCACGGCAUCAAGAUGCACCUGGACGGAGCGCGAAUCUGGGAAGCCGUCUCCGCGGACGCAGGCAGUCUCCCCGAGUUCACCACCUGCUUCGACAGCGUGAGUAUGUGUUUCUCGAAAGGCCUCGGCGCACCAAUCGGGAGCAUCAUCGUGGGCUCAAAAUCCUUCAUCGCCCACGCCCGACGGAUCCGAAAGAUGAUCGGAGGCGGAACAAGGCAGGCGGGCGUCAUCUCGGCUGCAGCACGCGUCGCUGUCGACGAGGGCUUUGGCAAAGGGCCGCGAGGAGAAGGCGGCCAGCUGCGUGCCAGUCAUGCGCGCGCUCGCAAGGUUGCGGACCUCUGGACGAGCAAAGGCGGCCAGUUGUCGAACCCCGUCGAGACCAACAUGGUCUGGCUCGACCUGGCGCACGAAGGGUAUAGCGCCGAUCAAUUCGCGGAGCUCGCUGCCAGCGAGGGCCUGAAAGCCCGCGGUGGCCGCUUGGUCGUGCACUAUCAGAUCACAGACGACGCGGUGGAGCGGUUAGGUAGAGUUAUGGACAAGAUCCUAGAGACCAAUGGCAGGAGCAGCAAAAGACGUAGAUUCAACGGUCAUUGA